AUGAGAAUGUUUCAAGCCAAUCCAUUUAGUAAUAACCAUCAAGUAUUAUCAUCAUCCUAUAUGGAUAAUCCUACCGGAUACCAAUACGUUGUACUCCCUAAAACCUACUUCUCCCCACUCAUAUUUGCACUCAUUUCUGCAUGUGCUGGCGAAUUUAUUAAAACAUGUCUAUUUAAAAUAGCCAAUCCUUCCUAUCCAACCUCUUUAUCAAAACCUUCAUUACCAUUUAAAACGGUAGCUAUUUUAUGUGUAUAUUAUCAUUUGUGUUCAAAUACGUUUGAAACCAAUCCAUUGAUAAAAUAUAUUAAUAUUCCAACAUUCCAUUCAUCCAUAAUCAUAUUUGUCAUCAUGUUGGUAGCAAAUUAUAUGGAUAUUUUCCCUUCUGUGACCAAUGGACCUGGAUCUGCAACAAAAACAACAUCUAAUCCAACCUCAGUCACAACUCCCUCCAAAUACAAAGUUGACAAAAGAUCUUUGGCAAUUGAACGACCUUCAUUUUAUUCUACAAAAUAUGAUUAA